AUGGAAAAGAGUGACAAUCUUGGCCCUGAGCUCAGGGUGGCAACGAUAGAAGAAAUCCGUGAGCUUCUUCAUGAGCCGAGCGAAAUACCUAUAACAGCAUGGCUCUUGGCAUUCACUGGUGCAGCUGCGCAGUUGGCUCGAUACAGCAUCACGAUCGUAUGGCAAAACUAUCUUCAAAACCCGCGGGGGGAUGCACAGCUUCCAGGUGCUUUAGGCUUGGGACAAGCAAGAGCAACUAUUAUUCAAAAUGCCUUCCUUUUCUAUCAAUACCUGACCCCGCUACCUUUCGCGGUAGUAUCUGACUUGUGGAUUGGUCGCUACAAAGCUAUGCUUCUUAGCAUGGGAUUUCUUGUAGUUGGUUAUGUAGUACUAGUGUUGACCUCCCUACCAACUGCGUUGGACCAUGGAGCCGGCCUUGGUGGCCUCAUUACCACUAUGGCUCUCAUAGGAAUGGGCGGAGGGGGGAUCUCGGCCGUCAUAUACCCUUUCAUUACGGAUCAGAUACCUGAUACAACUCCGCGAGUAAAGCGGAACAAAAAUGGAGAGCUCGUGGUCAUCGAUCGAAAGCUGGCUAUACAGUAUGUGUUUAAUGGAUACUAUUGGAUGGUUAAUAUCGCUGCCUUGUCCUCCAUUCCGUCGACAUUGAUGGAGAAGCACAUUGACUUCUGGGCCGCGUACCUCUUACCUACGUGCAUCUUCGCUACAUCGAUCAUCCCCGUCAUCUUUUUUAACAAACGCCUAGUUAAACUCCCGCCCCAGGGUAAUGCCCUCCCUCAGGCAGCGCAGAUCCUUCUGAUUGCUUGCAAAUCACGUUUCCGAUUGUCCGCUGCAGAUCCUGAGGAACAAGCUUUCCGCCACAACAAAGUUGUUCCAUGGACAUCUUCAUUUGUGGGAGAAAUCCGUCGUGGAUUAGGGGCUUGCCGUGUGCUUACGUGUUUUGUGAUAUUCUGGCUUUGUUACAAUCAGACCACGAACAACAUCGUAUCCCAAGCUGGUCAAAUGGUACAACGAGGUGUCUCAAAUGAUACUAUCCAAGCUUUCAAUCCACUAGCCUGCAUAAUCAUGGGCCCUAUCAUUCAAAGUGUAGUAUUCCCUUUCUUGCGACGCCAUAGGAUUCCUCUCGGUCCCAUCAUGCGCAUAACUCUGGGGUUCUUCUUCAUUGCCUCAGGCAUUGCAUAUGCUGCUGGUAUACAGCAACUGAUAUAUGACAAAGGCCCGUGCUUUCGAUACGCUUUGGAAUGCCCUGCUGCUACAGAAGAAAGCCGCAAAUUGCCGAACAACAUCAGCGUAUGGCUCCAAACACCUUUGCAUGCUCUGCUAGCCAUCGGAGAGAUACUUGCUUUAGUGGCUUUGAAUGAGUUCACCUAUUCUGAAGCUCCAAAGGAUACCAAGUCAGUUCUUCAAGCUUUUCAAGUAUUAUCCGCCGCUGCCGGGUCUGCGUUGGGAAUGGCGUUAGGGCCAGUAUCGAAAAACCCUUUUCUAGUUGUUUUAUUCUCGUGCCUCGCGGGAACUAUGACCUUGACAAUGAUACCUUUCUGGAUUUUCUUCCGCAGAUUUGAUACUGGUGAUUCCGACACCUCUUCUCAUCAGAACUCAGACGACUAG